AUGGCAGCCUUACAAUCAGCAGGAGUAAAGGUUAUACAGGAAAACGCCCCAGCCUGUGAAGUACUAGUCAAACUUAUGGAGUUGGAGCACUCUGUUACUACUGGAGAUGUCUUUACUGCUGUGCAACACUCCAGCUGCUCACUACAUAUUCUUAAUACAAAUAUGGGCAGUCUGCAGGAAAAUGUCUCCCUCAUCAGGCGAGACCUCAGACAGGUGAAUGAGAGGCUCAAAGAGGUGGAAGAUAGAAGGCGGUCGGAAUCGGCAGGAAGUCGGGCUAUACUAUGCCUUGAUGCCACCAAAGCCUUUGAUCGUAUUGAAUGGCGCUACCUAUGGGAGGCCGGUGACCUCACAGAUAUAAAUAUAAGGAGGUGUGAAACCUCCAGGGCGGCUCCAGACGGUUUAACUCUCCUCAAGCUGCUGUCCCUUCUUACAAGGAUGAGCGUGGAACUCAUUUUUGUCGCAUUCUUGGAGCAUCAGAAGACCGUGGACGUUGAGUUUAAGGCAGAGCUCCAGUUAUUAGUACGGUCACUCAAUCAAGAUGGUGAACUGGAGACGGACAGUCAUGGUGGCGUAUCCUUUCACUGUGCAGAAAUGUCCGUAGGGCCGCAGCAUGUAGUUGAUGAAGAUCUUUGCCGCAGGAUAGGUGCUCAGUUGGCAGAGAUGGGAGACCGAUUUCAAAAAGAAGGGAGAAUCAAAACGGAAGUUGUGGAAAGCUUGGUGCACGAUAUUCUCAAUGAGUCUCUGACGGAGGAUCGCUUUGAAGAUGCCGUCAAGAGUUUGCUGAACAACCUUCCCCCUGGGACGGAAAUGGAGCAGGCCACACUGGUAGUCGCCAUGUCUUUAACUAGCAAAGUUGGUUCCAGCGUCCCCGAUCUACUGCAGAACUGCUUCACCACCGCCCUGACCUUCAUCCAGAGGAACUACAGGUCUUAUAUUGAAUGUCUUACCAGUCAGGGUGCCCACUGACCAUCAUCAACAGCAACGUUCCAAAGAAAUGUGAAGCUAUCCUGCUUUUUUUUUUCUUUUUCAUCCAUGUGCUGCAGCAAAGCUGGACAUUUGACGUCAUCCAUGUUUAUCCCCCAUUCUUUAUAUUCUCCUACGUGUCUUUGCUGUACUGUGCUUACAUAAUAAUGCAUUUUUAUGUUGAA